AUGAUGAAGAACUUUAGCGUUGCUAUCAACUGCCCCUUGCCAGCUGAGAUAUCGAUCAAGGAUGUCAAACGGGGCAUCCAGAGGCUCAGCGGGACGUUCCAUGAACGGGUCCUCUCAACCACCGACGUGUUAUGCACUUCUGAGGAUCGCGACCGAGAUUCACCACAGACUCGCCUCCAGGUGGCACGGCAAGGCGGUGUCACUGUCUCUUUCGACUGGCUUCAAGAUUCAUUCGCAGCUGGCCGCUUUGUGGACCCCCUUGAAUAUCCCAUCUCUCAAGAACCAUGGACCCUUCGCGGGGAGGAUGAGGAAAACAGUGAGACAGAAAUUGAGGAAGAGAGCGAGGAAGAGAGCGAGGAAGAGAGCGAGGAAGAGAGCGAGGAAGAGAGCGAGGAAGAGAGCGAGGAAGAGAGCGAGGAAGAGAGCGAGGAAGAGAGCGAGGAAGAGAGCGAGGCGCAACGCGUGGAAUGCUGUGGCAAUAUCACCAUCCUACUCCGAAUUCUCUACUUCCGUGUGAUGAAGGCGGUCGAAAAAGAAACGGAGGGCGAGAGUGACGCAGAGCGCAUGGAAUGCAUUGACCAUAUCAAUGCUAUAUUUCGUUGCUUAGAAGCUACCUUGUCGACAGCGGUUGGGGAAAACAUGGAAGGCGAGAGUGAAGCAGAUGACGAAGAGAGUGACGAGAGUGAGGAGAGUGAGGAAGACCGUGAGGAAAGUGAGGAAGACCGUGAGGAAAGCGAGGAAGACCGUGAGGAAAGCGAGGAAGAAACCACCCUGGCUCGAUUCGACCCCGGGAGGCCUUUGUAUAACUGUGGCAUUGUCGUAGCCGACGAAUCCCCUUAUAUGACCAAGGCGCAGCUUGAGAAAGAAGUCGUUCAUCUUGGAGGGGUAUCAUUAUUUAGUCUCUCGAAGGAUACUACUCACUUUGUGGCCUCGCGAGCGACAUACAACAAGCUUCCGCAAGCUGUCCUCUCGUACUUCCACAAAGUCUCCUUCGUCAAUCAUGGUUGGCUAGACGCCUGCUCGCAACAGGGCUCUCUAGUACAUGUUGGUCCGUACAUACACGACAGGCUGGACGAAGAAGAGAGCGAAGAAAGUGAAGAAGUGGACCGGGAGGAGGACGAAGACAAAAGCGAAGAGAGUGAAGAAGAGGACCGAGAGGAGGACGAGGACGAGAGCGAAGAGGAAGACAACACGAAAACGGUGAGCCUGGGGCGUAGAGCGCCACGCAAUUCGUCAGAAAUUGUCGUUUCCCUUGAUCACCUUGAUGAGCAAGGACUGCGUGAAAGCAGGCCAGCAGUGACAACUGCAGGACGCGGGAAAGCUUGGCAGGUCAGGCAGCAUGACGAAAUCACGGAGCACUCUUGGUUGCAUGCGAAUCCGCUCGCCCCUGUUUCGAGGACUAGACCUUCACCAUCCUCAGCUCGCCCCGUCUCUACGUCCUGUCUUCCCGGCUUUGCCUCCGUUUUGCCCUCUCCGCGUCUACUUCGCGAGUCGAUAUAUUCAUCACCAGGACAGUGGCAGGACAUCAAGGUCCUCUUCUACCCUUCUUCCCUGCCUCAGGCAUUCCACAAGCCACUGGUGGUUGACGAGAUGGAAGGCCUUGUCCUCGUCGCUUUUCGCCCGAUGGAGGACAUUUUUCACGUAAAUGCCUUGAUGACGAAUCUCCUCCUCGGUCGCGCAAAGCCAGCCCAGAGUGACAAGAACGAUGUUCCUCGAUCUUGCCAUUCUGACAUCGUGGCUCGAGGAAUAGUACUGGCUCGGCUCGAUGCAAACGUGCGUCGUUGUCGAGCCGACAUGCUUUUGAUAGGUCCCGCCGAGCGACUGAAUCCAAAGCUUCCGUAUGUCUAUAAGGUGAGGGCUGGUCGCGAAUGCGCGUCAAGGAUCGCCCGACUGCCAGCCUGCCAGCUGAAGACUGCCCGACUGUAUUCAAAGACUGCACGGCCGCCAGGCCAUGGCCUACUAAUAUUCCCGCAUCAAUUUGACAUGUUUGCGGCACUGAACAUCGCCGUGAGCUGCCCACUGCCUAAUGAGAUCUCUCUGCAAGAGGUCAAGACCUGGAUUUACAGGCUCGGCGGGAGCUACCAUGAGCAGGUUUACGAAACGACGCAAGUCUUAUGUUCUACGGACCACCGAAUUCGAUAUCUGCACCAGGAUGCCUUCCGAGCCACGCAGCUGCGGGCGGCUGUCGUUUCUUUCGAAUGGCUCCAAGGAUCAUAUGACCAAGGCAAGUUUCUGCCCGUGUCACAUUAUCUUUUGAAUACGCGGCGGAAUCCAAAAUAUGCCCCGCUCACAGGCUGUGUCAUCGCCUUCACGAGCAGCUUUCCUUUGCCCAAAGGGAGUGAGAGCUACGACGGCGUGCGCAACGCCAUUAUCAGACUAGGUGGCACUCACAGGACGGGCGUACGGCCAGAUGUCUUGACGCAUUUCUGCGUCACCGAAAAGGAACUCAAUCGGCACGACUCGCUCGUCCAGCACGUCCUCAUGCAUGAUCCACGACCCGACCGGGAGCCGCUCUGGAUAGUCAGCCAUCAGUGGUUGACCGAAUGCCUGGAACGUCACGAACGGGUUGGAGAGAGCGAUUUCACGUUUCCGAGCUGCAGUCAUGGUGGGGGCAUCCAUGGCACCGGCGGCGAGGACAGCGAGGACGAUGUGGACAGCGACGAGUCGAUAUGA